ACCUCCUCCAUACUGCCUCCUUCCUCUAAACAUCUGUGCAUAUCGGUCUCCGCCCGACUGCAUUCAACAAAAAGACGACUGAUUUUUGGCAGGUGAAAAGAGAAAUAAUUGGAUUAAGAUGGUUAAACUUGGGAGUAGUCUACAGGACAAAGGGAUUAAAGCGGUGACCACUGAAGAUGGAUUUCAAACUGUUCCCCUUAUCACGCCCUUGGAUGUUAGUAAUCUUCAGUGCCAAGCGCCAGACAAGGUAGUAAUAAAGACACGAACUGAAUACCAGACGGAGCAGAAAAACAAGGCCAAGAUGAAGGUGCCUAAAGUGGAGGAGUACACCAUAAGUUUCACUGAUGGGGUGUCAGAGAGAUUGAAGGUCACCAUCCUAAUUGUCCUGGCUUUGGCUUUUCUUGCCUGCAUAGUGUUCUUAGUGGUGUACAAGGCAUUCACUUAUGACCACACCUGCCCAGAUGGCUUUGUGUACAAGCACAAGCGAUGCAUCCCAGCCUCCCUUGAGGCCUACUACACCGCACAGGAUGCUCACUCUCGUGGCCGCUUCUACACGGUGAUCAGCCACUACAGCACUGUAGCUAAGCAGACCAUGUCACGCUCUGUCUCACCAUGGCUUCCAAAUGGCAAUGUCCAGCAUGAUGAUAAACCACCCAAUACUAUCAGCCAAUGAGGCUGCUAUUGCUGAUUCUCCAGUGGCCAUGUCUGUUUUUCCCCAUCUGACUUAAAUAAC